CCUUGUCCACAAGCUGAAGAAGUUGGCAGCAAGAAACUCCCAAUUCAGGAAGUUGAUGGAAGUGAAGGCAUCAAAGGACUGGCCAUGCAUGGAGAGCGUGAGUUGAAGGAAAUUCAUAGGGUAUCUGCUGAAGAUGACAUACUUCAGAAGGUGGAAGACUUUGGAACAAAAUCCUCUACUUACCUAGAGGAAACAGACUUCAGUGAGCAGACAGAAACACUUACAGCAAAUAUUCAAGAGACAACAAGGGAGACAGAAGCAUCAGGUACAAAAGCACCAGAAGAAGAAAAGAUACAAGACGAGGUCAGUCUUAAACCUGUAGAUGUCUCGACAACAGAAGCUGAAGAUACAGAAGAAAUGAUUAAAGAAAAGAUCAAAGUGGAAGAAGAUAAUAUUCUUGAUGAGGAUGAUAAUGCAAUUGCAGUCCCAGCGGAGUCACCCGUACGUGAAGCUGACACGGAUGACAAAGUUGACAAGGAAACUAGCCUGGACGAGAGUUUAGAAACUGUCACAAUCCACCCUUGUCCACAAGCUGAAGAAGUUGGCAGCAAGAAACUCCCAAUUGAGGAAGUUGAUGAAAGUGAAGGCAUCAAAGAACAGGCCAUGCAUGGAGAGCAAGAGUUGAAGGAAAUUCAUAGAGUAUCUGCUGAAGAUGACAUACUUCAGAAGGUGGAAGACUGUGGAACAAAAUCCUCUGAUUACCAAGAGGAAACAGACUCUAAUGACCAGACAGAAACACUUACGACAGAUAUUCAAGAACCAACAAGGGAGACAGAAGCAUCCGGAAAAAAAGCACCGGAAGAAGAAAAGAUACAAGACAAGGUCAGUCUUAAGCCUAUAGAAAUCUCGACGACAAAAGCUGAAGAUAGAAAAGAAACGAUUAAAGAAGAAAUCCAAGUGGAAGCAGAUAAUUUGCUCGAAGAGGAUGACAAUGCAAUUGCGGUACCAGCAGAGUCACCCAUACCAGAAGCUCACAUGGAUGACAAAGCUAUCAAGGAAACUAGGUCGGAUGAGAGUGUAGAAACUAUCACAAUUCAGCCUUGUCCACGUGCUGAAGAAGUUGGUAGCAAGAAACUCCGAAUUGAGGAAGUUGAUGGAAGUGAAGGCACCAAAGAAAAGGCCAUAUCUGGAGAGAGUGAGUUGAAGGAAAUGCAUAAAGUAUAUGCUAAAGAUGACAUAGUUGAGAAGGUGGAAGACUGUGAAACAAAAUCCUUUGAUUACCAAGAGGAAACAGACUCUAAUGAACAGACAGAAACACUUACAACAGAUAUUCAAGAACCAACAAGGGAGACAGAAGCAUCCGGAAAAAAAGCACCGGAAGAAGAAAAGAUACAAGAAGAGGUCAGUCUUAAGCCUAUAGAAAUCUCGACGACAAAAGCUGAAAAUAAAAAAGAAACGAUUAAAGAAGAAAUCCAAGUGGAAGCAGAUAAUUUGCUUGAAGAGGAUGACAAUGCAACUGCGGCACCAGCAGAAUCACCCGUACGUGAAGCUCACACGGAUGACAAAGUUGACAAGGAAACUAGCCUAGACGAGUGUUUAGAAACUAUCACAAUUCAGCCUUGUCCACAAGCUGAAGAAGUUGGCAGCAAGAAACUCUCAAUUCAGGAAGUUGAUGGAAGUGAAGGCAUCAAAGGACUGGCCAUGCAUGGAGAGCGUGAGUUGAAGGAAAUUCAUAGG